AUGCCGAAAGUGAAGAAGUCCAGAGGAGCGGAAAAGAGCGGAGCCAUAGCACUGGCAGACCAGAUCCAAGAAUCCGACACGUUGAGGCCCAGAGUUCGGGUAAAGAGCAGAGACACCCGGGGACAACAUGAGGACACGUACGUGGAUGAACGCUUGUCUAGGAAAAUUCUUGAACAAGCUCGAAUACAACAAGAGGAGCUGCAAAUUGAAUACGACCUGACUCCAGAAAAGAAGAGGGCUCCAGUCACAGUCCUUGGUCCAGACAAUAACGAUGGAGACUCUGACGAAGAGUGGCCUGCACUAGGAGAAGGGGGAGAAAAUGUCAGUGAUGUCGGAUUUGACUCUGAGGUUGCUGUUGAUGCAGAUGAUGAGAAGGCUAUUGAAAUUUUCAUGAGCAAGAAUCCUCCAGUCAGGCGAACCUUAGCAGAUAUUAUAAUGGAAAAAAUAACUGAAAAACAGACAGAGGUAGGGACUGUGAUGUCAGAGGUGUCAGGAUGCCCUAUGCCACAGCUGGACCCAAGGGUUAUAGAAGUGUACAAAGGAGUUGGGAAGGUUCUGUCCAAAUAUCGCAGUGGAAAAUUACCUAAAGCUUUUAAAAUCAUUCCUGCUCUGGCUAACUGGGAGCAAGUCCUAUACUUGACUGAUCCUGAAAGCUGGACCGCUGCUGCAAUGUACCAAGCAACAAGAAUCUUUUCUUCCAAUCUAAAAGAGCGUAUGGCCCAGAGGUUUUACAAUUUGGUGCUGUUGCCUCGGGUUCGAGAUGAUAUUGCAGAGUAUAAACGACUCAACUUCCAUCUGUACAGCGCUUUAAAGAAGGCUCUAUUCAAACCUGGCGCCUGGUUUAAAGGUAUAUUGAUUCCCAUGUGUGAAUCUGGGACAUGUACUCUAAGAGAAGCCAUAAUUAUUGGAAGUAUUCUCACAAAAUGCUCAAUUCCGGUUCUCCACUCCAGUGCUGCAAUGCUAAAAUUGGCAGAAAUGGAAUACAACGGUGCCAACAGCAUUUUCUUGCGACUGAUGCUGGACAAGAAGUACGCUCUGCCCUUCCGUGUCCUAGACGCCCUGGUGGCUCACUUCCUCUCUUUCCGAAGUGAAAAACGUGUGCUUCCUGUGCUGUGGCAUCAGAGCCUACUCACCUUGGCUCAACGUUAUAAGGCGGAUUUAGCGUCCGAACAAAAGGCAUCGUUAUUGGAGCUGCUCAAGAUACAGACGCACCCAGUGGUUUCAGCAGAAAUUCGAAGAGAGUUACAAAAUUCAGAGUCCCGGGACAUUGAGGUUGGUUUGCCUGCGACGGUGGACAUGGACUGA